UGUCGCACCAACCUUUAUUUAUUUUAUUCGUUUUAUUGCGAUUUUUCUUUUCUUAGGAUAUUAGCUAUAGUUUAAAUAAAGUGACGUUUAAUAAAUAAAAAAAACAUCCCAUCUGUCAGUAAAACUAUCAGGAAACAUAAUUUGGAAUCUUUUAAACUUUAAAAUCCCAGAGCAUUGUGUUUUAAUAAUGUGAAUCUGACACAAAUUUGUACGAGAAGUCAGCUAAACCUGACUGAACUUUAUUUGUAAAAACCCUCGUGUUAAAACCACAUAAAGUCUUGAUUUCUUUAGUUUAAACUGUGAAUCUGCGGUUUUCUGUUCGCGUUAGUGUGAUUCGGGUUAUGUACAAUAGAAAGUUAUUGAGUGAGCACGCGUGUGUGGGUUUGAGAAUAAUGACGAUCAUCAGACAGAGAUGAAUCACACAUUCUCCGCGUGUCUCGAGGAGGAGUUCCUCUCGAUUCUCACCUGAACACAGCCAGAGCAACACCGACGACAAGAUGUCCAGAAGAGUGGAGGUGAUCCUCAACUCCUCAGCUCCGCAGGAUCCGGCCGAUCCUCCUCUUCACAUCACAGAGUCCAAGCCCGGAGAGCAUCCAGGAGUGAAGGGCUUCCUGAUGAUCAAGCCGGCGAUCCUGGGGUGGCUGGAGAUCCUGACCGGUGCUGGGGUGUUUGGGCUCGUCUACUGGAAUUACACUCUCUGGCUCUUAAUACCGGCUGCUUUUGUGAUUUUAAUCGGAGUGAUAACAGCUACAGCUGCGUGUUCACACAACCCCUGUCUGGUGGUCACUUCUCAAGUGCUGAAUCUGCUCAAUAUCUGCAAUGUGCUGACGGCCGUCGUCGUGUUUUUCGUCCAAGUCUUAUUCGUGUUUCUCGGAGAUAUGGUUGGAGCUGCUCUGCGAACACAUUUCGUGAGCGGCCGCUCCGAGAGUCCCUCGUCUCAGACCGCAAACAUCGCCUUCAUCGCUUGUAAUGUUCUGGCGCUCAUCUUCUCUCUUCUCAUCAUCAUGACGUCGUGCUGCUGGUGUAGAUCGAGGAAGCGUCUGAUGGUGAUCCACAUGAACCCAGCUCCAUCUGCAGAUCUCAGUGAUGAGGUGGAUUAUCCGUGUCUAGAACUUUCACCGCCAGCCUAUAGUCCGGUUCCUUCUUCAGAACCGCCGGCCUACGAGGAGGAACGACGCUCGACUCUUUCUGGAGUUUCUACUCGGAAGUGGGCCAUGAGGAAAUGGAAAGAAGAACUGAGACGUAGCAGAAAACCCAUCCAAGUCUGACCAGAUUAAUUUAUUUCCAGAUCAGUCUGAUUUCUAUGCUCUAAAGUAGAGCUUCUCGUAUAAUGUCCACCGGGCUCCGUUUAAGGCCCUUUAUUAGUGUAAUGUCUUUUAUCAUAAUGCUGUUUUUCACCUGCAUCAGAUGAACGCCAAUCAAUCUGAUGGACCUAUAGACAACAUUCAGUGGUGGAUGUCUCAGAACUUUCUGGAAGUCUGAUGCAUUUUUAUUAUUUUGUCCUCGUUUUUUAAAAACAGCCACAUUAAAAGGUUUUAAAUCAUGCUUCCAAAAAUGAAGGCUUGAAAGAGCAAAGAAGUCGUGCCAUUGAAUGUUGCAUGAACUGCACAAAUGAAUAUCUUCCUCAGUGAUUUGGUCUG